AUGCAAGAAAAUAAUAGUAGCAUUAAUGGUGGCGAGAUUGUAAUUGCUAAAUUCAACUAUAAUUCACAAGAAAGUCAUGAAUUAACGAUUGUCAAAAAUGAACGUCUUGUAUUACUUGAUGAUACAUGCCUGUGGUGGAAAGUAAAACGUGUUGAUUCGGAUGAUACAGGAUACAUUCCAUCAAAUUUUGCUCGACGUGAAAAACGUUCUUUACUUGAUAAGAUUAUAUCAAAACGUAUUGGAAAAAAACAAAUUCUAACCAAUGUAUAUAAUAAUGAACGUAUUAUUUCUUCAGCACUUGUAAAAUUUCGUUAUGAUGCUGAAAGUGAAGAUGAAAUUAGUCUAAAUAAAGUACAAUAUGAAAAACAACGUGGAUGGUUUCCAUCAAAUUACCUUAUGGAAAGAACAUCCGAUAGUUUCAAUUCACUUUCUUUAUUAAAUCAAUUAAACAAUCAACAUAAUUCUCCUUCAUCCUUAUCCUUUAAUGGUCUUUCAUCAUCAAGUAGUGGUAAUUCAAAUGUUAUUGAAAAUCAAAAUCAACAACAAAUUCGUCAUAAUUCUCAUCCAUUACAUAUAACAAAAUCGAAUGAUGAUUAUGCAUUUGUUAUAAAACCAUCUAAACUUGCUCAUUCAGAUGGAAGACUUGAUACAUGUAAUAAUAAUAAUAAUACUAAUACGAAUAAUUUAAAUGAUGAACAAAAAAUGAAUUCAUGCUCAGCAUUAAUACAACAAAAAAGUUCUCCAUCAUCAUCGACAAUGAUUAAUGAAAAAUUUCAAACAUUAACUUUAAAUAAUUCUCCAUAUAUGAAUGAAAUUUGGUAUUAUGGUUUAAUAAGUCGUGAUGAAGCAGAAAAAUAUUUGAAAUUAUAUGGAAAUGAACAAGGAGAUUUUCUUAUACGAGACAGUGAACGACGAAUUGGAAAUUAUUCAUUGAGUAUUCGUGAUGAUGCUGAUAUUAUUCGUCAUUUUCGUAUAGAAUUAUCUACUGAUGGUAAUCGAUAUAUAAUUGGUAAACGUUCGUUUAAAUCAUUAUAUGAACUUAUUGAACAUUAUAAAACUCAUCCGGUAUAUGAUGCUGAUCAAAAUAAUAAACUUUAUUUAAAUAAACCAUUAAUUAUAACUGAUGUUGAUCAUCAAUUAUAA